GGAUGAUGUCUUGUUUUCUCUCUCUUCUUCCGUCAGCUCUUGCAUCGCGUUCAUUCUGCUUUCCUCUCUUCUCCGGAGAACGAUCUAUCUGGAGCGCGGGGGGAUCUAGUGCUGCGGAAGAUUGAAGCACCGGCGUCGGAUCGAUCCGCCGUGCGGGUGUGGGUUGGAUGAAAUGGGGUCGACUAUGCGCGGCCUCUCCGUGUUUAUCAGCGACAUCCGUAACUGUCAGAACAAGGAGCUGGAACGCUUACGAGUCGACAAGGAGCUCGGUCACAUUCGAACCCGCUUCAAGAACGAAAAGGGCUUGACUCCUUAUGAGAAGAAGAAGUAUGUUUGGAAAAUGCUUUAUAUCUACAUGCUUGGUUAUGAUGUGGAUUUUGGUCACAUGGAGGCAGUCUCUUUGAUAUCUGCACCAAAGUAUCCAGAGAAACAGGUGGGAUACAUUGUGACAUCUUGCUUACUCAAUGAAAACCAUGACUUUCUCAGAAUGGUUGUAAACACUGUUCGUAACGAUAUUGUUGGCCGCAAUGAAACUUUCCAAUGCUUGGCACUUACCAUGGUAGGUAAUAUUGGUGGAAGAGAAUUUGCAGAAUCUCUGGCACCCGAUGUGCAGAAACUUCUUGUUUCUAGUAGCUGUAGACCUCUUGUUCGGAAAAAGGCUGCACUUUGUCUUCUUCGCUUAUUUAGAAAGAAUCCUGACGUUGUUAAUGUAGAUGGAUGGUCGGAUCGCAUGGCACAACUUUUAGAUGAACGCGAUUUAGGUGUCUUAACUUCCUCCAUGAGCCUUCUUGUGGCACUUGUAUCAAAUAAUGCUGAUGCAUACUGGAAUUGUGUUUCAAAAUGUGUGAAGAUCCUAGAGCGUUUGGCAAAAAAUCAUGAUGUUCCGCAGGAGUACACCUAUUAUGGAAUUCCUUCUCCCUGGCUUCAGGUUAAAACAAUGAGAGCUCUCCAAUAUUUUCCUACUAUUGAAGAUCCAAAUACUAGAAGAUCCUUGUUUGAGGUUCUUCAACGCAUUUUGAUGGGGACAGAUGUUGUUAAAAAUGUCAACAAAAAUAACGCCUCACAUGCAGUUCUUUUUGAAGCCCUUGCCCUGGUUAUGCAUCUAGAUGCUGAAAGGGAGAUGAUGUCUCAAUGUGUGGCUUUGCUUGGAAAAUUUAUCUCGGUUCGAGAACCAAAUAUUCGUUAUCUUGGUCUUGAAAAUAUGACAAGGAUGCUGAUGGUCACUGACGUGCAAGAUGUAAUCAAAAGGCAUCAAGCACAGAUUAUUACUUCCUUAAAAGAUCCUGAUAUAAGCAUAAGAAGGCGAUCACUUGAUUUACUAUAUGGUAUGUGUGAUAUCACUAAUGCAAAGGAUAUUGUCGAGGAGUUAUUGCAGUAUCUCAGCACUGCAGAAUUUGCGAUGCGUGAGGAGUUGGCACUUAAGGCUGCUAUUCUGGCUGAAAAAUUUGCUCCAAAUCUAUCUUGGUAUGUUGAUGUUAUACUUCAGCUCAUUGACAAAGCAGGAGACUUUGUCAGUGAUGACAUAUGGUAUCGGGUGGUCCAAUUUGUCACAAAUAAUGAAGAUUUACAGCCAUAUGCAGCCGCGAAGGCAAGAGUUUAUCUUGACAAACCGGCUUUGCAUGAGACAAUGGUCAAGGUCGGUUCUUACCUUCUGGGGGAGUAUGGGCAUCUUUUGGCUAGAAGACCAGGCUGCAACCCCAAGGAGCUCUUUUCUGUCAUUAAUGAAAAGCUUCCCACAGUAUCGCCGCCUACUGUUGCUAUUCUGCUUUCUUCAUAUGCCAAGAUGUUAUUGCAUACUCAACCCCCUGAUCUUGAAUUGCAAGAGCAAAUUUGGACCAUAUUUAGAAAAUAUGAGAGCUAUGUUGAUGUUGAGAUACAACAAAGAGCCGUUGAAUAUUUUGCCUUAAGUAAAAAAGGAGCAGCUUUAAUGGAUGUAUUAGCUGAAAUGCCAAAAUUCCCUGAACGCCAAUCUGCGUUGCUGAGAAAGGCAGAAGAUGUUGAAGCAGACACUGCGGAGCAAAGUGCCAUAAAAUUGCGGAGUCAGCAGCAAACAUCUAGUGCCUUGGUUGUGACUGACCAACUCCCUGCAAAUGGUUCAAUCCCAGUUGGUCAGCUUAACCUUGUCAAAAUUCCUAGCCAAAACAUGGAGGCUAGCUCUUUUGAUCAAGGGAGAACUGAAGCGUAUGAUACAGUCAGCAAGGUGGAUACAGAAUCAGUUCCAUCACCAGACCUCCUUGGUGAUCUAUUGGGUCCACUGGCCAUAGAAGGUCCACCAAGUGCUCUUAUUCCAGAAAAACAAAGUCAAGGGAUAGAAGCUAAUCCCAGUUCUCCAGAUGCUUUAGCAUUAGCUCCUCUCGAUGAUCAGCCCAGCUCGGUUCAGCCUACUGUCAAUAUUGCCGAAAGGUUCAGUGCUUUGUGCUUAAAAGAUAGUGGAGUGCUGUAUGAGGAUCCCCACAUUCAGAUUGGCGUUAAGGCUGAAUGGAAAGCCUUCCAUGGCCGGCUCGUACUUUUCUUGGGUAACAAGAACACCUCUCCACUAACUUCUGUUCAAGCUUUAAUACUGCCGCCACGCCAUUUAAAACUGGAGCUUUCUCUAGUACCUGAGACAAUUCCUCCCAGAGCACAGGUACAAUGUCCACUUGAUGUUGUUAAUCUUCAAGCGAGCAGAGACGUGCCAGUGCUUGAUUUUGGUUAUAGAUUUGGAACUACGAUGGUUAAUGUUAAACUACGACUUCCAGUAGCGUUAAACAAAUUUUUACAGCCCAUUUCAGUCUCGGCGGAGGAGUUUUUUCCAUAUUGGAAAUCAAUUCCUGGACCACCCAUGAAGCUUCAGGAAGUGGUUAGGGGUGUGAAACCCUUGUCUCUUCCUGAAUUGGCAAACCUGUUCGCAAGCCUGCAUUUGGGGAUAUCUCAAGGUCUGGAUUUAAAUCCAAAUAACUUGGUGGCAAGCACGACCUUCUACUCUGAGAAUUCCCGUCCUAUUCUUUGCUUGAUUAGAGUUGAAACCGACCCUGCAGACAGAACUCAGCUACGACUAACCGUGGCAUCCGGGGAUCCUAUUUUAACAUUCGAGUUAAAGGAAAUCCUCAAGGAGUAUAUGAUCAAUAUUCCGGCAACAACUCCAGCACAAGCACCGUCACCGGUGCCGGCACCGCCGCAAGCUCCUUUACAACUAGAGCCGGCUGUGACAUCUGUUUCAAAUGACCCGGGUGCGCUGCUUGCCGCACUACUCUGAAAAACUGUUCAUGUUUUACAUUGGAUUUUUGCAUUGUCUGAGGAGAAGGUUUUAGAGAUGGUGCUGUUGAUGAUACAAUAAAGUAGGAGAUAUCCAACAAAAUGGUCCGCAAAAUUGUUAUUCUUUGGGGGGCAUUUAGAGCUUAGGCCCUGUGGGUGAGUUAUUUUCAUAUAUACAAUCUAUAUCUCUAAGGUUCAGCUGUGUCGUGUUCAUCCUUUGCAAUUGUAUUUUGAUUUCUUAAAUUUGGUUUAGAUUACAAGUCUGUAACGCUAGGGAAUGUUUUGUGCAGCU